CUGCCCAAGAUUGACAUCGUCUAAGCAUCUACCUUGUGUAUAAGCAAGUCGCUGCCGAGCAGAUGGCUCAGAAAGUCGCAGGCACACUGUCGCAACUCGCAGCUAGUCAAAACCCAGCUGCAGACGACGGGCUCGUUGACUCCCAAGGCUAUAGUCCUCCACUUUUUGGAACCAGACCAGUGCAGGGACAACGCUCAGCAGUUUCGAAGGUGACGGGAAAUGCUCUCGUAGAGGCAGAGUCCAUUAUAAGGAAGCCCUCAUCUCGCUUCCAGACCCUUGCAAAGGCACCAGCAUUUAUCCAGGCAGGCCACCAUAACAGAAGCAAUGAACCCGCUUCGCCAGUACUUGGCUUCAGUUUAGGCUCAAGCGGAAUCCAUUUCCCGGGGACUCCGCCGAUUUCGCAGACGCCUUCCCUCAAUUAUCCCGCGUCGCAAAUGCAAUCGCAUUCCGGGUCCACUGUGACGCGUCAAGCGGAGGCGAUGACUUUCGUCCUGAAGAAAGAUCUCGAGGCGUUGAUGGGAGAUAUGCUGCGGCAAACGAAGGUUGCUUUGAAUCAGCUGCAAAAUCUAAGGAACGUCGUUGUGGAUGAAGCGAAAUUGGCUGUCAAACACGCCGCUGCGCUCCAAAGCAGAGAGAUCCUGUCUAAGUUGGAUGAGCAAGUCAAGGAGCGCUUGCAUACGGUUACCGGUCAGACUGGUCGGAAUAAUGUCAUCAGUGGCGAGUUCCUUAAACUCAAUCAGCGCAUUGAUGAGCUCAGCGCGGAACACCGGGCUGUGCAUAGUCGCCAGGAUCACAUUCUGUCGGAAAUAACAGGGACGCAAUCGCAGCAAGCACGAGAGGCGAUAGCAGGAAAGGCAGAUGUAGACACUAUCUCCAGCCUGUUGCAUACCCAUUCUGCGGAAUCGGAGAAACAAGUGGAAGCGCGCUUGGAGUCGUUCAUGGAACGUGUGGAAGCGCUCGUAAAGAGCAUUGAGCCACCGCCACCCAAUCCACCCUCGGUCCCGCCUGGAUGUGAUAUAGAUACUAUUUCCGCCCUAUUGCAUACUCAUUCUGCGGAAUCGGCGAAAAAAGUGGAAGCACGCUUGGAGUCGUUCCUGGAACGCAUGGAAACGCUCGUAAAGAGCAUUGAGCCGCCGCUACCCAAUUCGCCCUUGAUGCCGCGUGGACCUGGCUCUAUCCACCAUCAUCCGUCGAUAGAAGGCAGGUUGAGCCUUGAUGGUCACCGGCUCGGGAAUCUAGCAAGCAACGACGUAAAGACCCCUGCAGUUAAUUUUACCCAGCAGACAGUGAUGUUGCCUGACGGUUCUGUCCGCGAGUCUUUCAUUUCUGAAAUCAACGGCGCCGUGGGUGUGAGUGUAGCUCCUGCAUUGACGCAAUUCAGGAAUUCGCAGCAAGCUGUUCGAACAGCAGGUUUUCUGCCCCCCGAGCAUCGAAAUCGGUCGCUGCUGCCAUAUGUCCAGAACGGCACAGGAGGCGUCUAUCCACUGGAUUUCGGAGAAGACAGUUGGUUUGACCUGACGUAUUCCCCGGCGAAGGAUGAGAGUAACAAUGAAGUGGCUGUUAUGACUUCGGUUACAGCCGCUCCACAGCACUCUCCAGAUGCAGCAGACGUCAUCACACGGACUGCGUCUCCGAUUCUGAUUGUAGAGGAUGGAAAGCCGGAUUCGAAUCCUGUUAUUCCGCGGCGCAGCGGGAGGCUUACUCCGGCGGCUGUUACUCGCACUGUUGCAAUCACGGAACCGCCACCACCGGCCGUGAAGGUCAAACGGGAGAAGAAACGAUUGCCUCCUCCGCCACAUACAGAUCGGAUGACAAGGAACCAGAAGCGAAAAUUAGAAACGGUGCUCGCUGUUUCUACGCAGGAGGAUCGUUGAGGAGCUGCGCGACAAGCUCUUCUUUGGCAGGCGUAUCUCGCAACGGUCGCCAAAAUGUCUUGGUGACCAGCCGUCUAGCGGAAUGAUAUAGGGCCCAGUCGUUGUUACACAGCGAAGGCCCACUCCUAUUACAGGCUAGAUAGGACGCCGAACUUAGAAGUUGAAACUUACCAGAUUUCCAUAUUUCAAUUGUACGAGAGACACUCUCGCAGGAUAGCCGAUGGACGAAUGCAGCGUCUUCGCAU